CAUUGCAACGACGUGGCCAUGGAAUCCACCAUCGAUAUUUAAGAUGGCAAUGUGGAGGGAGAACAGAGAUCACCCAGUUAAAGCUCCCACUAACCGGCAUCCUUCCUCCUCUCCUUUCCUUCGGCUUCCAAUCACCGAAGAAUUUUGUCAUCAUUCACAACACGACGGGGUGAGUGGUAACAUCGGAGCAGCAAUGGCCAGAACUGCCUGCUGCUUCAUCUUCCUAAUUGUCCUUCUCCUUCCACUUGGGCUUGUGGACAUGGUGCAGAGUCCCUUUUGGUUAUGCGGCCCUGAAAAGUACGAAACCAACAGCACCUUCGACCGCAACCUCCGCCGUGCGUUGGCUUCUUUAGUAGCCAACGUUUCGCUCACCGGCUUCUCCAAUGCGACGGAGGGCAGGAACCGGGACCAAGUCAUUGCCACCGUUCAGUGUCGAGGUGACCUCGACGGUGAAGCUUGUCAGGGCUGUGUAUCUGAUUCUACCACAGAGUUAAUCCAACGGUGUACCAACAGCAAGUUCGCUUUCUUUCUCUUGCAAGACUGCCUCCUAUAUUACCGCGAUAGACCCAUACCUCAAUAUUACAUGGUUAUGCCUCUCGCCAAAGCUGGAGCUCUGCCCGAUCCCCAAAGAUUCAGGCCCAUACUCAUUUCCUUCUUCAACAACCUCAUCCGUUCCGCUAUCACCAACCCUUCAGGACGCUUCUUCUGGGGCGACAAGUUCCAUUACACAAAAGACAUUACUGUCUACUCCACAGCACAGUGCAUGCAAUCCAUGGGGCCGCACGACUGUAAAUCUUGCUUAGACAUGGCCUUCAUCCAGAUGCUCAAAUCUGUUGCUGGCCGUCAAGGAGGUGCAAUUUUCUAUAGAGCGGUCUGCCUUGUAAGAUAUGAGACCUACCCCUUUUUCACUCCCUCUUCUCACAACAUCGAUCCUAGCAGCGUCAAUUUCAUCUCAUCUAACUGCUCCCUUCCAGCAUCGACCAAUAUGACUGGCACCCUCUUCCACAGAAACCUCAAGGUUCUGCUCACUUAUGUGACAGAGACGGGCGCCGCCUCUGGCUUCUACAGCGACACCGUCGGCCUGGGCUCCAACCAAGUCUACGGCCAACUCUUAUGCCGAGGCGAUGUUCCUGUGGAGGAUUGCUGGAACUGCUCAGCCCAGGCUUCUACCAAGAUCCUCGAGUUGUGCCCCAACAGUAGAAGUGCAAUCAUAUGGCUCGAUCACUGCCAGUUGCGCUAUUCGGACGUGAACUUCGCCGGUGCGGUGGAUGUCUAUGACAGGGCAUGCGAACCAGCAGUGGGUAAUGCAUCAAGCCCAGCGACCUUCAAUCAUGAUUUGGGAAUCCUCAUCUCCAACCUGACCUCGUUGGCGACGCAGCGCCCUCCCGUUCCCUUUUUUGCUACAGGAAUUUCGGUGCUUCCAGACUCGAAAAGGAUCUAUGCGUUGGUGCAGUGCGUGAGAGACAUACCUGAAGACCAAUGUCGAUGGUGCUUGCAGAAUGCCAGCUCCGAUAUCGAGAGAUGCUCUAAUGGGAAACAAGGCGGUCGCAUCCACAGGGGAAGCUGCAGCUUGGCUUUUGGAGUUGAGCCCUUCUUUUUCGUCGAUCCAACGCUGCGUUCACUUCGUCAGUCCAAUCGUGGGAAUAAGCGCUGGUGGAUAGUUGUCAUUAUCAGCAUCAUAUGCGGACUAAUGUUAGCAGCAGCCUGUGCGUUGUGUGUUGUUUGGAGAAGACAGCGAAAUUCAAGGAAGAACUAUAAAGAAGCCUCUCCGGUUGAUAUUGGGAGCAUAAAGGAGAACGAGGAAGACUGUAAUUUUCCCCAAAUCGACCUAAGGAACAUACAACAUGCUACAGACAAUUUUUCGGAAGAAAAUAAGCUUGGAGAAGGCGGAUAUGGUCCUGUUUAUAAGGGAAAGCUUCCCAGUGGACAAGAAAUAGCUGUGAAGAGGCUGUCUGGAAACUCCGGGCAAGGUGGAAGGGAGUUCAGGAAUGAAGCUAAGUUGAUAGCGAAACUUCAACACUCAAACCUGGUUCGGCUCAUAGGCUGCUGCUUGGAGAAAGGGGAAAAGCUGCUUGUUUAUGAAUACAUGCCCAACAAAAGCCUUGACUGCUUCCUUAAAGAUCCAGAACAAAGUGGGUUGUUGGGUUGGGAAAGGAGAUUCAAUAUAAUAAUGGGAAUUGCGAGGGGAAUCCUUUAUCUUCAUCAGGAUUCUCGGCUCAACGUCGUCCAUCGGGAUCUCAAAGCUGGGAACAUUUUAUUGGAUGGGCAGAUGAAUCCUAAGAUUUCCGACUUUGGAAUGGCAAGGAUCUUCACCGGAGUUCACGGCCAAGCAACUACCAGCGUCGUUGUUGGGACAUAUGGGUAUAUGGCGCCAGAAUAUGCUUUGGAUGGUAUCUUUUCGACCAAGUCCGACGUCUACAGCUUUGGCGUUCUGUCAUUGGAGAUCAUCAGCGGCCAACUGAAUUCAAAGUUUCAACUUUCUCAUUCAGACGAGAAUUUGAUUAUACAUGCCUGGAGGUUGUGGAGUGGAGGAGAUGCAUCAGAGUUCAUUGACCCAAUCCUCAGAAACAGAGGCUCAAUAAAUGAAAUGGAAAGAUGUAUGCACAUAGGCUUGCUCUGCAUUCAAGAAGAUGCUGCAAGUAGGCCUACCAUGUCAACAGUGGUUCUCAUGCUUGGUGACAAGUCUGUAGAUCUUCCCUUGCCCAAGCAACCUGCAUUUGUCCAGGGGAAUGGUACUGUCAAUUCCUGUAGAGCCAUGAGAACUGCAGCGUGGGGCCUCGGUUUCCUUAUCAUCGUCCUCCCGCUGGUUCUUGUCCACACGGCCGAGAAUCCCUUCCCACUCUGUUCGACAUCAACAUACAGAGCUGACAGCACCUACCAACAUAACCUGCAAAGCUUGCUGGCCUUUCUGGUAGCCAACGCCUCCAUCACCGGAUACUACAAUGCCACUGUGGGCACGGGCGGCGACCAAGUCCAAGGCCUGCUCCAGUGCCGCGGCGACCUCGACGGCGAAGUUUGCCAGAUCUGUGCCUCUGAAGCUGCUUCCCGGAUCGCCGAAACCUGCCUCUACAGGAUGGAGGGUCUGGUUGCCUACCACCUCUGCAUCCUCUACUACUAUGACGCCAAUUUCACCAUACCCAAAUUUAUAACAAACUUUGCCCUACCCAACCCCAGCGCCAUCCCCGAUCCUCAACAGUUCAAGCCGAUGCUGUCAUCCUUCUUUCAUGGCCUCGUCGUUUCCGCCACCACCAACCCCUCCGGCCGCCUCUUCUGGGGAGACAAGUUCAGGUACGCCGGUCAUGGGGUGACCGUCUACGGCACGGUGGAGUGCUCUCAGUACUUGCUGCCGGAGCAAUGCAGAUCAUGUUUAGAGGAAGGCAUUGCUCGGAUGCUCAAGGAUUACGCAGACAGACGCGGAGCUGCGGUUUACACCAGGGCGCAGUGCUACAUAAGAUACGAUACCUUCCCUUUCUUCACACCUCUGGUGCCGACUCUUGCCCUCAGCAGCGCCCGCUACAUUUCCAAGAAAUGCUCUGCUGCGAGUAACAAUAUGACCGGCACCAGCUACCACCGAAACCUGAAGGCUCUGCUCCUCUAUCUCACCGAGAACGGGCCUCUCACGGGCUUCUUCAACCAAACCAUCGGCCAGGGCGCCGAUCAAGUCUUCGGGGAAGUACUCUGCCAAGGCGACGUCUCCGACGACGUCUGCUGGAAUUGCACGGCGCAGGCGUCGGCUAUGAUCCUUCGGCUCUGCCCCAACAGUAAGCAGGCGAUCAUAUGGCUACAGCAUUGUCAGUUGCGGUACUCGGACCGGAACUUGCAAGGCACCAUGGAUGUUGGGGACAGCGCCUGCCAGCCGGACCCUGAGAACGCACCGAGCCCCACAAGUAAUUUCGAUCAGACUCUGAGCGACCUCAUCAGCUAUUUGGCUUUCAACGUGAGUCAGGGCUCUUCUGGUGGGCUCAUGUUUGCCACGGGGGCCGCCAUUAUUGCCAAAUCUCAGAGGAAUUUAUAUGCAUUAGUCCAGUGCAAUAGAGAUAUCUCCGCGGACCAGUGCGGUCGGUGCCUACGGAGUGCUGCCUCUGAUAUUGCAGGAUGCUCCAAGGGGAAGCAAGGUGCUCGCAUCUUCAAGGGUAGCUGCCGCCUGGCUUAUGGGCUGCAACGCUUCUUUCUUGCCCAGCCAAUGCUGAUGCUGCCCGGGAAGCGUGAUCGUAAGCCUUGGUGGAAUAUGUUUCUUGUCCUCAGUCUAAUUAGUUUAGUACUCUUGGCAGCAGCCUGCGCGUUGUGCCUGCUUCGGAUUAGAAGGCGACAUAUAGCUAAGCUAAACCAUAAUAUAGAAGCUGAUGAUCAUGAUGCUGGAAAUGCCACCGAGGAGGCAGAAUAUGAUUUAACACAGAUCAGCCUAAGGGCAAUAGAAGAAGCUACCAACAAUUUCUCAGAGGCAAAUAAGCUGGGAGAAGGUGGAUUUGGUCCUGUCUACAAGGGGAAGCUUCCCGAUGGGCAGGAGGUAGCUGUGAAGAGGAUGGCUAGAGCUUCUGGGCAAGGCGUAAGGGAGUUCAAGAACGAAGUUAAGUUGAUAGCCAAACUUCAACACACAAACCUGGUGAGGCUCAUCGGCUGCUGCUUGGAGAAACGAGAAAAGCUGCUUGUUUAUGAAUACAUGUCCAACGGAAGCCUUGAUUACUUCCUUAAAGAUCCAGAACACAGCGUAUUGUUGGACUGGGAAAGGAGAUUCAACAUAAUAAUGGGAAUUGCAAGGGGGACCCUUUAUCUUCAUCAGGAUUCUCGGCUCAAUGUCGUCCAUCGGGAUCUCAAAGCUGGGAACGUAUUGUUGGAUGGGCAGAUGAAUCCCAAGAUUUCUGACUUUGGAAUGGCAAGGGUCUUCACCGGAGUUCACGGCCAAGCAACUACGAGCGUUGUGGUUGGCACAUAUGGGUAUAUGGCGCCAGAAUAUGCUUUGGAUGGUAUGUUUUCAACCAAAUCUGAUGUCUACAGCUUUGGGGAAGAAAUUUGGUGGAAACCCAUUCAUUUUCAGAAGAAUUAUGUCACCUGUCGGCUGAUUCCUGGUGGUGGUAGCUCUGCUUCCUCCUCCUCCGUUUUUAAUAUUAGGAGAGUUGUGUCACCAACAACGUCGUUCGGUGAGCUUGGGAUCAUGGCUGGAGCAGUCCGCAGGCUCAUUCUUCUACUUCUUUUCCUCAUGGGGCUUGUUGACAUGGUCGAGAAUGUGCUGCCCAUUUGCCAACCUUCAACCUACACAACUAACAGCACCUUCGACCAUAACUUGCAGCGCCUGUUGGCCUCUCUGGUCGCCAACUCUUCUCUCACAAACUACUACAACACCACAGUGGGCAAGAGCGGAGACCAAGUUCACGGCAACAUCGCAUGUCGGGCUGACAUCGACGGCGAUGUUUGCCAGAUUUGUGCUGCCGAUGCGGCCUCGCAGAUUGUCCGCUUGUGCCCAAACAAGAGGGAAGCUCUCCUUUCCGCGCACCAUUGCAUCAUGUACUACUUCGAUGCCAACUUCACCAUACCCGAUUGGGUCGAGAACAUUGCUCUUCCUAGCCCUGGAGCUAUCCCUAAUCCCAACCAAUUCAAGCCGCAGCUCUCGUCUUUCCUUCAGAAACUCGCCGCCUCUGCCAUCGUCAACCCUUCUGGCCGCUUCUUUUGGGGCGACAAGUUCAGGUACGAGAACAAGACUAUCUACGUGAUGGUGGAGUGCACCCCGUUCUUGUCACAGGUUGCUUGCAAGUCGUGUUUAGAGGAAGCCAUUGUUCGGAUGAUGAAUCGUUAUGCAGAAAGUGUUGGAGGUGUCGUUUACAAUAAGGGUGUCUGCUACGUGAGAUACGAAGCCAUGAUUUCUUUCUUUCCUCCUUUAUUACAAACUAUUGACCUCAACCGCGCCAAUUACAUCUCGAGAAACUGCUCUGCAGUGGCACCGAUCAACAUAACCGGCACCGCCUACCACAGAAACCUGAAGGCUCUGCUCGUCUCUCUCUCAGAGAAGGGGCCUCUCACGGGCUACUCUAGCCAGGUCUUCGGCCAGAGCCCUGACCAAGUGUAUGGGGACUUUUUGUGUCGGGGUGACGUCUCCGACGACGUUUGCUGGACUUGCGCGGGGCAGGCCUCGGCCAAGAUUCUGCAGCUUUGCCCCAACAGUAAGAAGGCAAUUGUAUGGCUGGAUUACUGCCAGUUGAGGUACUCUGACAUGAACUUGGAAGGUGUUGUAGAUGUGAACGACAAGGUCUGCCAGCCGGACCCUGUGAACGCACCAAGGCCCACAAGUUUCGAUCGGACUCUGAGAGACCUCCUCUCCUCCUUGACUUCCUACGCGACUCAUGAGAACUCUUCAGUGCCCCUGUUUGCCGCAGGAACUUCCAAACAUCCUGAGAUAUAUGGAUUGGUGCAGUGCAGCAGAGACAUCUCUCCAGAGCAGUGUGGAAGGUGUCUGCAGAAUGCUGUCUCUGAUAUUGCAGAAUGCGCCAACGGAAAGCAAGGUGCUCGCAUCCUCCGGGGUAGCUGCCGCCUGGCUUAUGGGACGCAGCCCUUCUUUCUCGGCCAGCCAAUGUUGGUGUCAAUCGGUCAAGGAGAGCAUAACCAUAAGCCUUGGUGGACAUUUCUUAUCAUCGGUGCGACUAGUCUAGUACUCUUAGCAGCCGCCUGUGCACUGUGCCUUCUUUGGGUCAGAAGGCGACAUUUGGAAAAGCUGAAAUAUAAUGUAGAAGCUGACGAUGAUGUUGGAAACACAACCGAGGAGCCAGACCAUGAUUUGCCACAUAUCAGCUUAUGGGCAAUACAGGAUGCUACCAACAAUUUCUCUGAGGCAAAUAAGUUGGGAGAAGGUGGAUUUGGACCUGUGUACAAGGGAAAGCUUCCCGGUGAGCAGGAAGUAGCUGUGAAGAGGCUAGCGAGAGCUUCUGGGCAAGGUGUAAGGGAGUUCAAGAAUGAAGUUAAGUUGAUAGCCAAACUUCAACACACGAACCUGGUGAGGCUUAUAGGCUGCUGCUUGGAGAAGGGGGAAAAGCUGCUUGUUUAUGAAUUCAUGCCCAAUAAAAGCCUUGAUUACUUCCUUAAAGAUCUAGAUCACAGUGUAUUGUUGGAUUGGGAAAAGCGGUUCAAUAUAAUCAUGGGAAUUGCAAGGGGUGUCCUUUAUCUGCAUCAGGAUUCUCGGCUCAACGUCAUCCAUCGGGACCUCAAAGCUGGGAAUGUAUUGUUGGAUGAGCAGAUGAAUCCUAAGAUUUCUGACUUUGGAAUGGCAAGGACUUUUAUAGGAGUUCAUGGCCAAGAAACUACCAGCACCAUUGUUGGGACAUAUGGGUAUAUGGCGCCAGAAUAUGCUUUGGAUGGCAUUUUUUCAACCAAGUCGGAUGUCUAUAGCUUUGGUAUUCUGUUAUUGGAGAUCAUCUCCGGCCAACUAAAUUCAAAGUUUCAACUUUCUCACCCCGACCAGAAUUUGAUUGUUCAUGCCUGGAGGUUCUGGAGUGAAGGAAAUGUAUCAGAGUUCGUUGACCCAAUCCUGAGAAGCACAAGCUCAAUAAAUGAAGUGGAAAGAUGUAUGCAGAUGGGCUUGCUCUGCAUCCAAGAAGAUGCUGCAACCAGGCCAACCAUGUCAACUGUGGUUCUCAUGCUUGGAAACAGUUCCUUAGCUCUCCCCGUACCUAAAGCCCCCGCUUAUUCACAGAUAAUUAGUACUUCUGCACAAUCAAGCCCACAGCUUUCUUCUUUUCCGAUUGCUUCAGCCACGCCAAGGUAAACAUGCCACUAAUUGUUGACUCAUGUCACUACAGAAGAGUGCUUGUCAAUAUCCUUGAAGUUAAGAGUAAUUUCCAUAUGAAAAGCGUUUUUGCAUUUGCUGUUGUUGUGUCUUUUAAUAAGUAGAAUAUAAUCUUUUAUCUCCUCUUUAAUUAUUAA